CUAUCAAUUAAUAUUUUAUUCACAAUCAUACAAUCCGGUUCUCCCCUCUUCCAUUUUUUAAUUUUCUAUUUUGCCAAACAAAACCUCAGACUCAACACUCAGAUGCCAAUUGCCAAGAGCCAAGCAUCUACGUCUGCAACCUGUUUUUUUCCUCAGACCAUUAUUACAUAUCUGGAAACAACACAACUCCAACUCCAGCUCCAACACGCACGCACGCACGCACGCAUCUCCUCUCCUCUUAUCUUCUUUUAAACUACAUCACCCUGAUUAUGUCGGUGAAUUUGGAUUUUUUCUCUCUCGAUUUUUUUUAACAUAGCAUCAAUAUCAUCUUCAACGUGUUACCUCCUCCAUAUGACAGCCAAUUAUUCUAUGUAGCAUCUACAUAGAUACUCUUUUCUUCUUCACUUCUCCUCUCUUCUUUUCGUGUUCCUAGAUAACCAAACACAAAAGUUUUUUCUUUCUUUCUUUCUUUCUUUAACAAAAGAUGGAGAGAGGUGCAGCUCUGACGGAGGCGGCCACCAGGAAGCGAGUCGUGGACAGAGAGAGACCCUACAAGGGGAUAAGGAUGAGAAAGUGGGGCAAGUGGGUGGCCGAGAUUAGAGAGCCAAACAAACGUUCUAGAAUCUGGCUCGGCUCUUACUCUACUCCUGUUGCCGCGGCUCGAGCUUACGAUACGGCGGUGUUUUAUCUCCGGGGACCGUCUGCCAGGUUGAACUUUCCGGACCUUUUGAAAGGAGACGGCGGCACUGCGGCUGUUAGUGGUGACAUGUCAGCGGCUUUGAUAAGAAAGAAAGCCACCGAAGUCGGCGCUAGAGUCGACGCCAUCGAAUCGGCGGUUCACACAAAUCACGGAGAACAAAAUAACCAACGUCAGGAACCAGUAAUCGAUGAAUUCAAGGCCGCGUGUGGUGGGUUAUUGAAUCGGGUCGACCUGAACAAGGUACCCGACCCGGAAGAUUUGGACGGUGAGUACUGAAGCCCUCUUAGUGGGAGACAAAAAAAAAAAAGUGGUUUAUCUCUACCACUGAUUAUUGCUAACGUGCGCCAUGGAGGUAAGUGUACGUUACGGGCCUGACGGGCGACGGCUGAAGGAAUGAUGAAGCCUUGUGGUACUGGUGGCUCUACCUCUCUUCUUCUUUUUUUUUUUUUUUUUUUUUGUUUUUUCCUUCCUUUCUUUCAUGUGUAUUAUUAAAUAUUUAGAAUAUAAAUUUUGGCCCAUGUAAAAAAAAAAAAAUGGGGGUAAUUGUAUAUUGUUACUUAUUUGAUAAUUUAAAAUUUUGGGUCAGUAUAAUUUUUGAUAAUAUUA